AUGUCUGAAGUCAUAUCUUCCUCAGCUGAUGUUUACGAUUCCAAUAUCGCCUUCGCCGAGAAUAUGUCUUUGACGUCGCCAGAGGAUCAAAGCACAGCGCCAAUCAACAAGACUUUCGUCCUGAGCCCUACCAAGCAAUUCUCAUAUGAAGAUCGGUCAGUUCCAGAGCUUCGAACCCCCAGGCAUGUUCGUGUGAGAGUUGUGGCUACCGGCCUUUGUGGUUCUGACGUACACUACUGGCAGCAUGGACGUAUAGGGCGAUACGUCGUUGAAUCCCCCAUUACACUCGGCCAUGAGUCUGCAGGCAUCGUCGAGGCCUGUGGCCCUGAAGUCAAAGAACUAUCCGUAGGCGAUCGAGUUGCACUAGAACCAGGCGUAGGAUGUAACACGUGCGAGACAUGUCGCGGUGGCCGCUACAACCUCUGCGAAUCAAUGCAGUUCGCUGCUACCCCUCCCUACGACGGCACCUUAUCGGCCUUUUACUGCCUACCCGAAGAAUGUUGCUAUAAGCUGCCGUCACACAUAUCGUUCCGUGAGGGUGCCUUGGUCGAGCCGCUUAGCAUAGCCGUACAUUGCUGUGGACUCGCUGGGAACUUGCAAGGGAAAUCCGUCGCGGUUUUUGGAGCCGGGCCCAUAGGCUUGUUGUGCUGUGCUGUGGCACAGGCUUUCGGUGCGGCGAAAGUCAUCGUUAUCGAUGCGGUAGCCAACAGGCUGGCCUUUGCUACCGAGUUCGGCGCCGACGAUACAUACAUGAUGGAGGCUGCGUUCCCAGAAACCAACGCUCAGAAGCUCAUGGAGAAAGCUAGGCUGGACACAGGGUUUGAUGUCGUGGUGGACGCAACAGGAGCAGAGCCAUGUAUCAACUGCGGUGUAGCUGCACUGAAACGCGGUGGAGUGUUCGUUCAAGCUGGGCUUGGGUCUCCGAGCAUCGCAUUCCCUAUUGGCCAGAUAUGCGACAAAGAAGCUACGCUCAAGGGAAGCUUUCGAUACGGACCGGGAGACUACAAACUCGCCAUUCAACUGUUGGAUUCUAACCGUGUUCGAUUACAUAGCCUCAUAACUCAUGACUUCGCCUUCUCGGACGCAGAGCAAGCCUUUGCCAAUGUUGCAAACAGAGUCGGCAUCAAGUCGCUCAUAUAUGGACCUGGCAUUGAUAGGACAUUUGCGGAGAGCUGUGUCGAGCAGCCGAGACACACGUCUGAUCUUCCAAAGCUUUAG